AUGGGCCCAGCUGAAGGCCAGAAGAACUAUGUUUUUGUGGACGAACACAACAGACACAAACGUCUCAAGGUGAUGAGAGCUUGUAACGGCUGCCGCAAACGAAAGAUCAAAUGUGAUGCUGCGACUACCAAUACCUGGCCCUGUUCUGCAUGUACGCGGUUGAAACUUGUCUGCAUACCUCCGACCAUUGGCCAGGAUGGCGAUUUUUCUUCCCAUGGUCAAAUGCCCGAGGCGAGUCAGCAGCCUCCGCCAAUAAACGUCCUUCACCCUACAGAUCUGGACCUUGCGGCACAGAACAUCCCUCAUCGACCGCAGCCUAUCGAUAGGACACAUACACAGCAGCUGGGAAACGUUCGGGGCUACAAUGCGGACUCCCGUUUAUAUCAGGCGCAGCCAUAUCUAGAGCAAAUGCAAAAUUCACGCCAUCUGUAUCAAGACCUUUCUUCGCACCAUCUUGUCCAACUUCAACCCCAUCAAACAUUUCAGCCUAACCCCAACCUAUAUACCACCUCGCCAACUCAAACACUUCUUCCGAAUGUGGACACUGCGCCAUAUGCAAGAUCGGAUCAUUCAAAUCCUGGGGACCUUAGUGAUGCGCUUGGGGAUCUUAAAAUUGACGAAGCUGGAGUUGCUCCAUACAUUCGACAACAGCGAAAGGGUGAUAGAGAUCCGGAAGCACCAACCGCAGACGAAGAUGACGCGAAACUCCCACCCCUUCAUUUGGCCUCUGGUGCCACCAUUCGGAUUCCUCCUGAACUGAUGCCGUCAGACGACGAAGCCAUGAGAUAUUUCGACAUUUACUUCACACAUAUUCAUCCUUAUGUACCCGUGGUUCAUCGAGCCCAUCUCUAUCAGCAAUGGCAAACUGAUAAAACAUCCAUAUCCCCUCUUAUCCUAGAAGGUAUCUUUGCUUGUGCAGGAAUGAUGUCCGAUGACCCGGCUCAGGGUGCACAAUGGCUUGCUCUGGGAAACAGACACGAAGCGGUGUUUAUGGAAGCCCCUCGACUGAGUACGAUCCAAGCAUUAUUACUCCUGCUGAAAGCUAGAGAGGGCUCCCCUAAAAAAGGCUAUUUCUAUCGUUCUUGGCAAACGGUUAAGACCAUGGUUUCUAUGGCGAAGGACCUUGAACUUCAUGAACACCGGAGUUACCAUGCUGAAGGCAAGUCGUGCGGACUUAGCCCGGUUGAGUGCCUUGUUCAAACAAGAGUUUGGCAAAGUCUUUUGGUCGUCGAAACUAUGAUUGGAGGUCCUCAAGGGCGAGCGGAUUUUGGAGUUGAUCCGGAGACUGUUGAAUAUGAACCCUCAUGGGGUGUUCCGGGCCUGGAUGCAUUUGAGACCGAAAGGUCACGGCUUUUUGCUUAUUUUGUCCGCAAUGUUCGCACAAUUCGAUUGAUUAUGGAUUCAUAUCAUAAGCUCAAGAAACAACCAGACUGGGGUGCCGACCCUCGAUUUAUGGAAAACAACACUCUUAUCCAUGACUGGUUAGCUAACCUUCCGCCGGACUUGCAGGUCACUUAUCCGGCGGAUGGAUCAGCGCCAUGGUUGCCGUCCCAUCUCGUGGGUAACAUGCAUUCUCACUUCAACCUAUCGAUCAUAAUACUCCAUCGCCCUCAACUUCUAGCCUCAAAAUCUUUUGCAGCGGGUGGAAAAUGGAGAACCCAUAUGGCUCUUUGUUACAAUGCAGCAAAAAACCUCUGUCGGCUCCAGGAGGCCGUUGUAUGCGCGUUUGGUUUGAAUGGCUUGUUUUAUAUGCAGCGCGGCAUCAGUUUCACUGUAUAUGGCAUCUUGACCUGUACGAUGUUGCAUCUCAUUGCUAUUACCUCCCCAGACCCUGAGUUCAAUUCCGAUGCCAGAAUAUAUUUUACCCGACACAUGCGUCUCCUUGAGCAAUGUGCAUCUGCAUGGCCCGUGCCUGAUUUACAGGAGCAAAUUAACCAGCUUCGAUUAGCGUUUUCGGCUGACAUUAACAAGCCAUUUGAGCUCAAGUCUAGUUUCCCUUAUGGUAGUCCAUCAGAGCCACAUCAUCCCAGUCCUCCUGUGGACUCCAGCUACCUGCCUACUUCGUAUGCAACAACUUCCUCAGAGCAGAAUCAACUAGUAUAUUGCACCAACUCGGUUACUCCUCCCAUUUCCGCUGGUGCGAAUGAUAGGUCAGAAACGUCACUGCAUGACUUUGGACUCAUGCAGGGCCAUGGUUCCGGGCCAAAUACCGGCAUGCUUAACGUCCCCUUGGUUGAUAGUAAUAGUUGGGAUCCCACUCGAAUUAUCACUCAAUGGGAUCUUGCCUUUUCAGCCGCCGGAUCAAACGCAUCAAGUUCAAAUUCUCCCCCCGCGUCCUCCACACAACCGCCUCAGGAUUCACAAAACAUUCUCACCGCCCAAUACAGCAUGCAUUAUUCACAAACACCAAAGAUGUCAUCAAUGACUUCUCAACAAUCCAUGGACCAACCUCCCUUUGGUAACCUGCAAAACCUGAUCAGAGCAUGCGAUUGGCAGCGCAGCGUUGCUAGUGUGUACGAUCCUCAAGGUAUGAAAAGGAGAUGGGACCAGCAAUCAUUACAGUUAGAACCAAACUCAGGCCUGAAGUGA